AUGCCCUCACGUCAACGCUCGAUCGUGGCCUUCAAGAACGCGCUCUUCACGCCUGGUCUUCGAGCAGCGGCCAGCACGCGCCAAGUGAAAGCGCGAGUACGUCAUUCGCAACCUUCGAGAUCGUCGGUGCGCUUUGUUUGUCGCAGAAGAAGCGGUCUGGGGACACGACCUGGAAUAGCUGCUGCUGCAGCGAUAAAAGCAACGGCUCCGUCGCCGAGCUAUGCAGAGUCGGGCGUGGAUCUGGACGUCGAGUCUGCCUCUGUGAGAGCGCUUGUCAAAGCGCUGGGUGCACCGGGCCGAACCCCACCUGCGCUAGGCGCGCCAGCCGACCAACUAGGGGGCUUCUCCGGUUUGAUCGACUUUGGACCAAACACACUGCUCGCCCUAUGCACUGAUGGUGUUGGCUCCAAACUCGUACUCGCUACACAGCUCGGUUUGUAUGAUGGCAUCCCGUACGAUUGCGUUGCCAUGAAUGUGAACGAUCUGCUUUGUAUCGGGGCGGAGCCACUCGCCUUUGUGGACUACAUCGCAGCGCCGCAUCCGGAACCAGCCCUCUGGGCUACACUGGGGAAAGCACUCGGUGCAGCGUGUCGACUUGCUCGCGUUACCCUAGCAGGCGGCGAAACCGCUAGUCUGCCGGAUAUGGUGACCCACUUGGACAUGAGUGGAACAGCGCUUGGUUGGCUCCCACGCGGAGCGCAGCUCGACGGUAGGCGCAUCGAGCCAGGUGACUUGCUCCUAGGCCUGCCCUCAUCGGGCCUUCACAGUAACGGGUAUUCGCUGGUUCGCAAAGUUGUGGCGCGUUCAGGCGCUGACCUGAACGCACCGCCACCCUUCGAUGUAGCUACAGAAGCGUCAGCAUGCAUGCGUUUCAUGGUAUCCGGCGAGGAGCACCAACCGACUUGGUCGAUGACCACGCUGGGGCAGGUGCUCCUGUACCCAACGGCAAUCUAUGUGAACCCAAUAGCCGAUCUUGUGCGUCUCUGCAGAGAGCAACACGCGCAAGCACCUUGCUCCUAUGAGGCGCUCCACGGGCUCGCACACAUCACGGGCGGUGGCCUCAGCAACCUCCUGCGUUGGCGAUCAGAUCUUGGUUUUGAUAUUGAGAAUCCGUUGCCGGUUCAUCCGGAGUUCCGCUGGCUGCAAUUUGCUGCAGGAUCUAUCAGCGAUGCGGAAAUGUAUCGUGUAUUUAACAUGGGCAUGGGCAUGGUGUUGGUGGUCGAAACCAGCGCUGCUGCUCAGGUCUGUGGCUGGUUGGCUGAGCGUGUUCCCGGUGUUCAGAUCGUCGGUAGGGUAACCGAGAGUGGUCGGGUACGGCACUGCCCGAGCGGUGUAGAGUACGAUCAGUACGGUUAA